GGUGCUUGGAACGUUGAUACAAUGGCUGCGUCUUUCUAUAGGUGGAUGCGUCCGUGUAGCCGUUUGACGAGGUCCUUCUUCUUGGCGUUGUCCCAGCACAGGAUCCCCGCUAGAAGGUGGCAGAAGGUGGCACUGGGGCUGGGAGCGACGCUGGCCGCCGUUCCCAUUUCACAGCAUCAACCUACAUCUCUCAAUCAUGAAGAUUUAAUCAAACGUGCUGUUUCAUUGGUUACGGAUGGUACCAAUACCUUUCUGUCACAAACUACUUUUGCACUAAUUGAUACUUUGACAGAAUAUACUAAGGCAGUCUACACCCUGAUCUCCCUUCAACAGAGGUAUAAUGGCUUAACGGGCCAGCUAAGUGAAAAGGAAGAAGAUGCCAUUUGGCAAGUCAUCAUUGAAGCUCGUGUAAAGAUGAAAGAGAAGCAGGAGAAAUAUCUCAGUUUUGAGACCAAGUGGAUGACUGCAGUCCACCUGUGUGAAAUGGCAGCAGAGGCUGCAUAUCAAACAGGUGCCGAUCCGACCUCGGUGUCUGUGCACACACACGUGCAGCUGGCACAAAGUCAGGUGGAUGAAGUAAAACAACUGGCCCUGAAAGCUGAGGCUAAGUUGGCUGAAGUUCAGGUGGAAGAAAUUCAUCUCAAGGGGAAAGAGGCUUCAGUUAAAGGCACGCAGCAGACUGCUCUACAGCCAACAAACGAAGAGGAAAUACCUGAACAAUAUCUGCGGGAAGACUAGUCUAUAUUAGUAAUUAAUUCACAACCCUAUAAUGUCGAGUGGACUGUGGAUGUGUAGGCUUAAGUUAACUGGACUGCAGACAUUUGUAAAUUGUAUCAAUAACUUUGUAAUAGGUAAUUUUUGUAGAAACUUUACGAAUUACUCUAAGUCCUCUCAAACUACUCACAAAUAGAAUUUCUUAUAGUAAUGAUUCUUGCUCUUUCUUUCUUUCAAAAAAAUGUUGUUUAAAGGAGUGAAGGGUGCUUCAGUCAUCACAGUGACCCCCAAAUAACAUUGAAAUAGUUUAUUCUGUUAAGCAAAAUGCUGAGCAAGAUAGAAGGACCAGUCCCAUCCUUGAAUCUGUUUUCUGACUCUUUAUUUCAAUUGUCCUUUUUUUUUGGUAAAUUGGUUUAUUAUUGUUACAUGUACCGAGGUACAGUGGAAAAACUUGUCUUGCAUACCGUUCGUACAGAUCAAUUCAUUACAAUAGUGCAUUGAGAUAGGACAAGGGAAAACAAUAACAGAAUGCAGAAUAAAGUGUUACAAUUACAGAGAAGUGCAAUGCAGGUAGACAAUAAGGUAAUAGUGAGUAGAUUGAGAAGUCAAGAGACCCUGAAUGUUCUGGAGGCUAGAUCACAAGGGGUAUUUAAAGAGGAAAUAGGUACAUUUUUGAAAGAUUGAAGAAGUGAGGGCUUUGGGGGAGCUGGCAGAGCAGAGGAGAUGAAGUCUGGGACAGAUCAGCCAGGAUUGUACUGAGAAGAAAUUCAUCCUUGUCUCUAUUUAAAAUGGUGACUCCUUUUUCUGAAACUUCACCACCUAGUUCUAGAUCCCUCACAGAAGGAAACAUUCUCUCUGCAUCUGCCCUGACAAAUUAUGUUAGAAUCCUGUGCUUCAAUGUGAUUGCCUUUUGUUUUUCAAUGAGAGGUCAUUGAUCUUCCCUUAUAACCCAGGAAUCAACCUCAUGAAGAAGAACAUAAAUGUGAGAAAUUGGCCCCUCGUGCUUGUUCCACCAUUUGUUAAGGUCAUGGCUGGUAUUUUAGCUUAGUGCCACUUUCCUGUACUAACCCUAUGAUCCUUUAAUUCUCUUUAAUAUCCAAAAACCUUUCAAUCUCUACUUUGAAUAUACUCAGCGACUGAGGUUCUACAACUGCCUUGCAUAAAGAAUUCCAAAGAAUUCAAUUUCUUCUUGUCUGUGCCGAAAAGGACCUAUUAGUUAUUUUGUGACUGUGAUCCCUGGUGUUAGGUGCAGCCGAGGGAAGCAUGAUCCUUGUAUCUACCUUUUCAAAUCCCAUUAGAAUUCUGAAUGUUUUAAUGAGAUCAUUCUUCUAAACUAAGAACUGCUAGACCUCUCAGGCACCACAUCCCUGAAGUCAAUGUGGUGGACCGUGGUUGCGGACCAGACCUGCACGUAAUGUUCCAGGUCUACUCUCACCAGGACCUUGUAUAAUUUCUGGAUAGAGCUCUUUACUCUCUUACUCAUCCUCUUGCAGUAAGGGCUAUCAAAUUGUUUGCCUUCCUAAUUGCGGCUUGUACCUGGAUGUUAACUUUGUGAACUAGGACACCAACAUCUUUCAAUCAUUUUUAAAGUCUUUUGUUUGUCCCUAUAAAAGUGUGGGAUCUUUCAUUUGUCCAUGUUAUAUUCCAUCUGUCCUGUUCUCACCCUUUCACUUAACCUGCUUAAAUCCCACUGAAGCCUCUGUGCAUCCUUUUCAUGACCCGUACUGGAACUCGACUUUGUGCCUUUGAAUCUUCUCUGAGCUGCCUCUAGUGGAUACAUCAUUCUUUACAAUAGGUGGCCAAAGCUAUAUGUAGUACUCUAAGUCUAAGUACACGGAUAGCAAAAAUUACCUACUCUUAUACUCCAUUAAGGCCAACAUUGUGUUGGUCUCCCUAAUUGCUGCAUGCCAGCUUGUUUCGAGUAUUAGAGACCUCCUCCUCCCACCCCACCCCCAUACAGCAGUGUCCUAUAGUAUCCAUUUAAACAUUUGUCUUUUCUAUUCUUCCACCCAAGAUGGACAACUUCUUAUUUUGUACUUAUUCUCCAUCUGCUGAAUUUUUGCCUGUUCAGUUAACCUAUCAAUGUCCCUUUACUCCAUUUGCUAACCUACAUAUUUUGUAAGUUCUUCAAAUUCAUCCACAUUACCUUUGGACCCUUCAUCUGAGUUAUUAAUGUAGGUUGUGAAGAACUGAGGCCCCAGCACUGAUCCAUGUGGUACCCCUUUAGUUGCAGCAUGAAGUGAGAUCUAAAAUACUUGUUCAGAAUCUCUCCAUUUCCUUAUUUUGCAUUAUUAAUUCCACAGUCUCAUCCUCAAGGGCACCUUGGCUACUUUCUACCUUUUGUAUAUAAUUGUAAAAGUUUCUGUCAGUUUUUAUAUUGCUUGCUAGUUUACUCUCCUGAUUUGUUUUCUCCCUCAUUUUUAGUCAUCCUUUGGUGGUUUCUAAGAUUUUUUUCAAAUAUUAUCUCUUGCCACUAAUGCUAAUGAUGCUCUUUGAUGAUACUGCUUCUCACACCGCUACAUCUAUCACACACUAGCUGUGGAAUAUAUUUAUUUUUAGUGAAACUGUUUGGAUAACUAGUGUGAAUAUCAUCUUAAUAGGUGAUAAUUUCUGUAAUGGGAUACCCCAGCACAAUUUGGGGGGACAUCUUCCACUACGUAAUGGUUACAGCAAAAUGUAGCUCUGCAUUCAUUUGCACUGUGUUCAAGACUUGACUAACAACAUUAAUUGGAAAUGCAGCCUGGUUCAGUGACUGGUGAAUGUUGCAAAUGCAUGUCACUGAUGCCAUUUAACAAGAAGAAAUAAAUGUUACUUUUUUAAUAAU